AUGGAACCCUCACCAGCAGAGGGCAGAUUUGGCAAGAACGACCUCCUGUGGGUUAACCACGCCCAUCUUGACGGGCUCAAGGCAUAUCCGCCUGGUCCUUGCCUGCUCGAGUCGGGCAACUUCGCCGACGCCGAAAUCAUGUGCGCCAAACACAAAUGGAAGGUGCACAAGACCAUCUUGUGCACGCGCUGCAAGUGGUUUUUGAAGGCCUUCGCAGACCAAUAUCAGAAGGGACAGACUAACGUUGUGAACCUCCACAACCACAAAGAGAAGGACAUCAACACGCUCCUCCACUUCAUCUAUUCGGGCGUCCUCGAUGAAAGCUGGAUCCAGGAGACCAACGUAUCCUUCACCCAAUAUGCCAAUCUCUUCGCCCUUGGAGAGGCCUUCGAGCUUGAGCCGCUGUUUGACGACGCACUUGAUCUCCUGGGUGUUUUCUGCGACGAGAAGCUCCGCCAGCUUUGCUCUUACGACAUCAAGAUGUCGGGCCGCAGCGGCAUCAUCAAUGAGAAGUUGGACGGCCACGAGCAGUACAUUAAGGAGCUUAUUCAGGUCAUUUCGGAGGCAUACACCGAGGUCCUGCGCCCUUCGCGCCUCCAGUCGCUGCUGUCUAGUUUUGUCUGGGCCGGCCGGGAGCGGCUGCUCAAGACGAAGAAGGAUGGCUCCAAUGCGUUCCUCUCGUUGUCGGAACGGUGCCCCAUGUUCGGCAACGACAUCUUCCGGCUGACCAUGGGCAGCAACCUGUCAAACUGGCUGCCGGGCGACACCGCCACCAGGGCCACGUGUACCACCAUCGACCACACCCGCAAGACUCAGCACCCGGACCGCUGUGCAAACUGUCAGGAGUGCUUCGACGAAGGCUUCUAUCCCAAGGCCAUGUACAACCCCUUUCAGGUCAUCGUCCGCCCCGCCGCAUACUGCACGAGCUGCGUGCGUAAGAACCGCGACAAUCCCCAACCCCUGUGGCGCCAAGAACCCAAGGCCGCGCCCAAGCAGCUCGGCCCCGGCGUUGCCCCUAAGCCAGUCACUAAGCUACUGCAGAUAUCUAAGCCCAAGGGCAAGAAGCCAGAGACCACCGACACUCCCAAGCCCCGUCGUACCCCGAAGCAUCGCGGUGGCAAGAAAGUCGGCCAUCCAAGGAAGAAGGCCACUGUCGUCCCAGUCAAGGUCAUGAUUCCCGUCGAUGAGCCCGGCGCUCGGCGCCCUCAACUCCAUUGA